GUGAUCCGCGUACAAUAAACGUCGGGUGUGUGUCGCGCGGAAUGACGUGUUCGUCAAUCGUCGCGUCGCGUCGCGUCGCGUCGUGUUGAUUAGCGUAAAGCGGGGAUCGUAAUUAGCCGUGUGAUAUCUCGGUCGGUCGCGCGAGUGUAUGCCUGUGACGGUGCGGAGCAAUCGGCGAGGUGGCGCAUAUAAUGGCGACGCAUCGGCUGGCGGACGUGCGGUAUUCGGGAAGGCAACGGCAGCGCAUCGGGGCCGGAGCAGAGAGUUGUGUUGGAUUGUUUUGGAUGAUACAGCAAAGAAGAGAGACUAAUGCAAGAUGGAAUCCAAAAUGUUGUUUAAUUGCAACGUGUAAUUGCUCUCGAAGAAACAUCAUGGCGAGUAUCAAGACACGAAGAUGGCGAAGAUCUCGGAAUAAAACCGCAGGUUUCACUGCGGAAGAAGAUAAUCGUGUUGUUUACGCUGCCAAUAACAAGCUCCGUCGUCGUCGGGCCUCACUCCUAUACGACAAGGCUCGUUUCGAAACGGGGCCCCAUAAUUACGGGUGCCGCUAAGAUUCUCCCGGUGCAGUCGGUGUCCUGUUACGAUGUGUCCGAAAUAACCUCGUUUCUCAUUAGAUCAACGCGUGUGUGAAAAUUACAGCUAUCAACAAGAUUAAUCGACCCGAUGUACGUAUUUUACGCAGAACCAUGUUAAUGGAAAAAUUACAUCGGUAAGACUGAAG